AUGGCCAAAUCACGAGAUGGGUGGCAAUGGACUCGCCGUGAAGGAGUUAAGGCUGGCCUGCCCUGUAUAGGAGUCAUAAAUCCUUCACAAAGUGUCAAGAACUUGGACAAGGUCUUUGAUAUUGUGAUAAUUGGAGCUGGAUAUACCGGCCUCACUGCCGCACGCGAUCUGACUGUUGCCGGUUUCCAGACUCUAUUGCUCGAAGGACGAGACCGAGUCGGAGGUCGUACAUGGUCAUCCGAAAUCGACGGAUACCAAUUCGAACUGGGUGGAGCCUGGGUACACUGGUUCCAACCUCACGUUUAUCGUGAGAUCUCCCGUUAUGGAAUGAAAGCUGAACUGGUCUUUUCUCCCGACUAUACUCGGGAGAAAAACUACUUCACCUUUGUUACCGAGCAUGGGGCCAGGAAGAUGAGCCACCAAGAAGAGAUUGAGCUCUUCAGUCGCGCGCUCGAAAAGUUCGCCAACGUUGACGGAAAUCUCGGCAAGAGCGUCGUGCCUCUCCCGUUCGACCAGUAUUCGAACGAGACUCUCAAUAACUACGCGAACAUGUCAGUUGCAGAUCGACUCGAGCAAAUCAAAAACGAUCUGACGGAUGACGAACGGAACGCCGUUUCGGCCGUUGUCCUGGUUGCAGCGGUGGCACCCGAGACAAUUCGUCGUUCUUGGACUUUCUUCGUUGUCUUGGCCAUAAAACUAGAGUGCGGACAGUCUGCCUUUGCGCUUCGGUUCUUCCAAGAAGCACUGAGCUCAGGACGGCUAUCUUACUCUUUUAACACAGUCAUCACUCGAGUUGAUUCCUCCUCGCGUGACAUCGUCAAGGUUCUCAGUCGAGAUGGUCUCACAUUCCGCGCAAAGCGCGUGAUAUGCACAGCACCCCUGAAUGUCUUGGACAAAGUCCGAUUCCAUCCCGCUCUGAGCCAGGCGAAGUUGGACGCAAUAAGACAUAAGCAUGUAAAUCAGUGCACCAAGCUUCAUGCAGAGAUCAAGGACCCCGAAAUGCGGUCUUGGGGUGGAGUCACAUACCCGAACAAUAGACUCCUCUUGGGCGCUGCCGACGGUACCACACCAUCUGGAAAUACGCACUGCGUCUUCUUCGGGUGCUCUGAAAGCCACCUUCACGCGGAAGAAGAAAUUGAGGAGACACUCAAAGCCGUCAAUGCGUUUGCGGAAAUGGAAGUCGAGCGCCUAGUUUCGCAUAAUUGGUCAAAGGAUCAGUUCGCAGAGGGAGCGUGGGUAUGGUAUCAACCUGGCGCAGAAGUCAAAUACCUUGAGACCUUGAGGGAGAGGCAUGGCCCCAUUCUGUUUGCCAAUUCCGACUGGGCUGAUGGUGGAUGGCGCUCUUUCAUCGACGGUGCAAUACAGUCCGGUACGGACGCCGCAUUCACUGUUAAGAAUGAACUCCAGGGUGCACAAAGGGAGAGUCAUCUAUAA